AUGGUACCUCCCGUUAAGAUGGCUAGAAAUGGCAAGCGUAAGGCCACAUUGAAGAAGAGGAGUUCUAUGGUAAAAAAGACGAAGAAGGACGACAUUGUAGUUGGUGCCUCGGACCUUAAUUGGAAGUCGGUUGAAGUGCCAGAUACUUUGGGCGAUUUUGGUGGUUUUUAUGGCUUGGAAGAGAUCGAUGGGGUGGAUGUCAAGGUUGUCGAUGGCAAAGUACAGUUCAUUGCACAUGAUGAGUCAAAGGUGCAGUCUAAAGAAGAGGAAUCUGACGCCGGGGAUGCGGAUUCAGAACUGGUUGAGUUUAAGAACCUAGACGAUUUCGGCGAGGGAGAGCUGAGUGGUGCAUCAAGUAGUGACGACGAUGAAGAGGUGAGUGACAAAGAUGAAGAAGAAAGUGAAAAGGAUGACGAAGAAGCAAGUGACAAGGAUGAAGAUGUUGAGGAAGAUGAGCUGCAAUCACAGGUGUUCAACGCCGACCUUGACAUCGAAGAUGUCGAUGUGGCAGAGUUUCCUGAAUGGAACAAGCUGGGAAAACUGUCGGUCACCACUUUGCAAGGUUUAACGAAGCUCGGCUUCUCCAAGCCAACUGAUAUUCAAGCGAAAGCUAUACCGGAAGCUAUGAAGGGUGAAGACAUUAUGGGGAAAGCAGCUACCGGGUCAGGUAAAACUUUGGCUUAUGGUAUUCCAAUCCUGGAAAAAAUGCUCAAUAAUAAGGAUCAAAGUAAAGCAAUCGCACUAAUCUUUACACCAACAAGAGAGUUGGCUCAACAAGUCACUAAGCACUUACAACAAAUCGGUGAACUAAUUUUGAAGAAAUCACCAUACGCAAUAAUGUCUUUGACUGGUGGUCUGUCUAUUCAAAAGCAGGAACGUUUGCUGAAGUAUGACGGUAGCGCCAGAGUCGUAGUUGCUACACCGGGGAGAUUCUUAGAACUUAUUGAAAAAAACGAAAGUUUAGUUAAGAGAUUUGCCAAGAUCGAUACUUUGGUUCUGGACGAAGCCGAUCGACUGUUGCAAGAUGGUCAUUUUGACGAAUUUGAGAAAAUUCUCAAGUACCUGGGGAACAGUAGGAAGAGUACGGACAAAAAGGAGGGCUGGCAGACAAUGAUCUUUUCAGCAACAUUUGCCAUGGACCUAUUCAAUAAGCUAUCGACUACUUCAUGGUCGAAGUUUAAAAAGGGCAAAGAAAAUGCAAGCGAAAUGGAAAUCGUUUUGCAACAUUUAAUGACAAAGAUUCACUUCAAAUCGAAGCCAGUCAUUAUCGACACAGAUUCUGAGCAGCGAGUUAGCUCACGGAUCAAAGAAUCGCUAAUCGAAUGUGGUCCUUUAGAGCGUGAUCUGUAUUGUUAUUAUUUCGUCACAAUGUAUCCCGGUACCACUCUAAUAUUUUGCAACUCCAUCGAUUCCGUUAAGAAGUUGACUGCAUACUUGAAUAAUCUGAAAGUUCCCUCUUUCCAAAUACAUUCUUCAAUGACUCAGAAAAACCGUUUGAGGAACCUGGAAAAGUACCAGCAACAAGCCAAGAAAAACAGCGUUCUCGACAAGUCAACUGUUUUAAUAGCCAGUGAUGUUGCUGCCAGAGGCCUAGACAUACCAAAUAUUCAACAUGUCAUUCACUAUCAUCUGCCUCGUACGGCAGAUGUUUAUAUUCAUAGAUCAGGAAGAACCGCUAGAGCGGAGAAUGAAGGUGUUUCUGUCAUGAUUUGCUCUCCUGGGGAAUCGAUGGGACCUUUGAGAAAACUAAGAAAGUUGCUGGCCAUUAAAAAUGGUGAAAGUGAUCAGCAAACGAAGAAGAAGAAGUGGCAGAAAACUGUUCCUCUACUGCCCAUUGAGACAGAUAUCGUUACACAAAUGAGGGAGCGUAGUAGGAUAGCCAGUGAAGUGGCUGACCAUGAUAUUGUGUCAAAUUCCCUGAAGAAAGAUGAUAAUUGGCUCAAGAAAGCUGCCGAUGAAUUAGAGAUCGACCUUAGCUCCGAUGAAGAAGAUAACGAUGUCAUUUUAGCGAAGAAUAAGAAUAAAAAACUGAAUAAGACAAUCUCCAAGGAAAGGUUGAGAAGUCUGAAAGCCGAACUAAAUGAACUACUAAAGAAGCCUUUAAGAACGGAUUUAAGGAAAAGGUACCUGACUGGAGGCCUUGUCAACCUGGCUGAUAACUUGGUGAAGAAGAGAGGUCAUGAAACCAUCAUUGGCCAUGAUAAAGUCAAUGCGUUGGACCAGCUGAAGAGUAAAAAGAGGAAGCAAAAAUAA